GUGUGGGUGCCUAUCAUAUCCAUCGGCGAGAGGGCUUUGGCUUGGACGCUUCAAAGGUUGCCCGUGCUUCCUGGCAAGAGGGUGGAAAGCGAUAUUUGGAGAUCGACGCCGAGCAAGACGACAUGCUUCAACAACUCUUUCAGGAGCCCAUCCUGGCAGAGAACGGGUUUUCGAUGAGCAUGGACCCAGCCUUGAACUUCCAGAGAGUCGUGGAAUGCUUGGAUGCUGUGACGAGGCGCCAGGGCCCCAUUCACGACAAGAAGCGAUGGUGCGCAUGGUCCUUCAAUGCCGACGGGUUCCAGAAGAAGUACUCAUCGACUUUGUUGUUGGUGAUGUGGUCUUCCAUAGAGGAAGGCAAGAACCCUUUCUUCGUGGAGAAGAAAGAUGAAGAGGGCAAGAAGGGAGAUUUCGACAGAAUCCUGGAGCUCUGUGUCAAAGAACCUGGCUCUGCAAGACAAAGAAGCACAUCUUCUCAUGACAUGUCUGGCAUCCGCCCAGGCUCUGGUGGAUGA